AUGGAGAUGUCGUCACGGGUUCCCGCCGGCAGGGAGGUCUCCCUGAAGCGCCUGCAAAUCGACCCGGUCAACUGGGAAGACCUCGCCCAGGACCGAUCGACCUGGAGGAGGACAGUGCAGACAGGCGCUGCGAUCUACGGAGCCAGCCGCAUCGCCGCCGUCAAAGCCAAAAGCGAUGCACGCAAAUUACACCUGUGCGCACCUCAUAAUGCCAACGUACAACCGCCUCGAACGUGUCCGCGGUGUCAAUGGACAUUCCGGGCAAGAAUUGGACUUGGUGGACACCUACGAAUCAACUGCCCCACCCGGACCGCACCAACCGUCGUCCCUCCAUCCUCCUCUUCCUCGUCCUCCACGCCGCCAACUAACUGUGACCGCUCUUCUGAACCACCACUCCCAUCCUCCACUUCUCCCACCUCUUGGUCCUCCUCCUCCACCUACUCAUUUUCCUCGUCCUCCUCCGCUGCUUCAAAGCCUGCCGUUGUGGCGCCGGCCACGCACAUCAACACUGAACACAAUCCGGACACAUCCUCAAACAUCAACAACACCAUUUUCGGCACCAGAUGUGGGGACCAGGAUUACACCUACCCUCACUGUGACCGCACCUUCACCCCACACAUCGGCCUGAUCGGUCACUUGCGAAUCCCUCGUACAAAGACUGGCGAACCAGUACCUGAUGGGCCAGCCUAA